AUGGCUGCUGGUUUUGGCUUUUCGGUUGGUGACUUCAUCGCCUGUACCAAGGUAGCCAAAUCGGUAUUCCUUGCGUUUCGCGAGGGAACAGGCGCAAGUUCGACAUACCAGCGGUUUGUGGCAGAUCUAAAUAGUCUUAUGUAUGGGUUAGAGGAGAUACGGUAUUUGCAAUUCGAUGAAUCACAAAAAGAACAGAAGUUAGCCCUAGAAGAGGCUGCAGUACGAUGCCAACAAACCAUCGAGACAUUCCUCAAACGGCAUGCCAAAUUCAAAGCAUCGCUUGGAAAAGAGCAGACAGCUUCCAAGUUCAGAACUCGUUUGCACAAAGUGGAAUGGGCUCUGUGUAUGAAGACAGAAGUUGAUACCCUAAGGACUGAGAUACUUGGCCACACAACAAGUAUAAAUACCCUAUUGAUAACGAUGCAAUCCUCCACGGCGGCUCUACAAACAAACGUGAUAAGAGACUAUAGCCAAGUUACAUUUGAACAGUCAGCCUUGAUGAUGAAAGAGACGCAGAGCCGGAUAGGGCAGACCCACAACAUGCUUGGGGCACAGGCGGACACCCUCAGCAGAAUAUUGAAUAUCUUGGAAUAUUCAAACACACAGCCGAAAAUCCAAGAUGUGCGAUCUAUCAUGUUGGAAGCAUUCGACAUGAACAUGAAGGUGUGCAGGAUGGCGCUUGAUCUACAAAAGUCUCAGGCUAAGUCACAGCUAGACUAUCAAGUGCCUAUCUUGGCCCCACAGAUAGGACGUCAGCAUCCCGUGGAGCUGGAAGAUGCACACGGAAGAGUGACGCCUUUCCACGUGGAGUUCAUAAACUCCUUUGAAGCCUUCCAGGCGGUAUUGGAGGCUCGAUUCCGCAAUGUUCCCGGUUGGAAGAAGGUAAAGAAUAUGGAAUAUGUGAUGAAGGAGUCCCAUUCCAACCGCCGCUUGAAUUUCAAUGCACCAUGGGAAUCAGUAUUCUUGCCGGGUAGAAGUGUGACUAUGAGCAUGGUUUUUUGGAUGCCACCCCCAGAUAUGCUAAGAUGCCCAGGCUGCCAGUUGGAAAGUAAGGAGAGCGGAACCGGAUAUGAGAUUCAAUGUCAGGGCUCGAAUUGUAAGUUAUGGUAUGAGCGCGUAGUCGACUUUGAGCAGACUCCCCGAAAUAUAUGUGCGGUAAGACAAUCGCCCAAAGUUCUUAAUAUAUAUCCAUCACGGACUGAGCUGUUAUUGGCCCCGAGAGUGGAAGACGAAAUCCAUGAAUUCCGCCGUGUGCAAGUCCGCCAUAUCCUCAGCAUUUAG